AUGAAUCCAUCUUAUCGUCGUUUAUUGAUUAUUGGUUAUGGUGGUGUAUCCCAAUGUGCGUUACCACUGAUUAUCAAUUUUUACUUACUAAAGAAAAAAAUAACUUCCAUAAUCAUUGUCGAUGCAUUCGAUAUACAAUCUAAACUUCAACCAUACCUUGAUCAAUAUAAUCAAAUCAAAUUUCACCAAGUACUUAUAGAUAAAGAUAAUUUUGAAGAAAUAUUUGAAAAUUAUCUUUCUUCAAAUGAUAUUAUUUUGGAUCUUGGAUUUAAGCUUGAUACGAGAUGUGAAUUGAAAUGGUGUAAUGAUCAUAAUGUUUGUUUUGUUAAUACAUCAAUCGAAUUGUGGGAUACACUUUAUCAUAAACAUCCAAGUGAUCCAUAUCUAUCAACAUUACAUUGUCGACAUAAAGGAUUAAUCGAUAUGCUCAAUGAUAAAACAUGGAAAAAAAAUGGCGCAACAAGUAUUGUUGAUCAUGGUUGUAAUCCUGGACUUGUUUCUCACUUUGUUAAACGAGCACUUAUUGAUAUGACUGAAUAUAUUCUUACUAAAUGUUCAACAUCAAUUUUAGAAGACAAGCGUAUUGAAUUUGAAGAAGCAUUGAAAGAAAAAAAUUAUCCUAAAUUAGCUUAUUUAAUAGGUAUAAAAACAAUUCAUAUAUCGGAACGAGAUACACAAAUAACAAAUGUACCAAAAAAACUUAAUGAAUUCGUAAAUACUUGGUCGGUUGGAGGUUUUGUUGAAGAAGCGUUAGCAUCAACUGAAAUCGGAUGGGGAACACAUGAAAGAAAUAUACCUGAGGGUAUGUUAUUUUUUGAUGAAAAGCAAGAACCAAACAAUCUAGUAUGCUAUCCACGCAAAGGAAUGGACACUUUGGUUCGUUCAUGGGUACCAAGUGGCGAAAUAAUUGGAAUGGUUGUGCAACACAGUGAAGCAUAUGGUAUUUCAAAAUCAUUAACUAUUCACAAAGAUGAUGGAAAUAAUAACUCAAUUAUUUAUCGUCCAACAGUGCAUUUUGCAUAUUUACCAUCGGAUUCAGCAAUGAAUUCUUUAUUUGAAUAUCGUAUGAAUAAUUAUAAACUUCAGCCUAAAAUCCGUCUAUUAAAUGAUGAUAUUAUUGAUGGAGCUGAAGAAGUUGGUGUUCUUCUUCUUGGUAGUCCAUAUGUACGUGCUUGGUGGACUGGUAGUGUACUCAAUAUCCAUGAAGCGAGACGAUUAGCUCCAGGAAAAAAUGCAACAACACUACAAGUAGCUAUUGGGGCUGUUGCAGCAGUUAAUUAUUGCAUUAAUCAUCCAAAUGAAGGCUAUUGUUUACCAGAUGAUAUUGAUGCUCACGAAAUACUUGAUAUAUGUAUGCCAUAUUUAGGAAAUUGGAUUUCAAAAGCAGUUGAGUGGCCACCAAUAAAUGAUAAAAUUACAAAAGAUUGGCAGUUUACAUCGUUUCUAGUUGUUGACUAA